UCCGCAAUGUCUGCUGACGUCACAACCGAGUAAGCUAUAUCGAAGAGGAAGAGAACAGAUCUAGGAAAUUCCGGGCUGAAUAUACGAACAACAGUUCCGAUCGCUCUAUUUCAGGGUCUUGCGGAUUCAUCGUCACUUUGUUUAGUGUGCCUACGAUUCAUCUCAAUGGAGUAAAGCAACCCCUGGUAUUCAGUGUAUCACAUGGCUGUGUAGCUCCACAGUGUUCCCACAGCAUCGUCGUGAUGAACAAGCACCCCAACCAGUUCUACACGGUGGAGGUGGGGGACUCAACCUUCACCAUACUCAAACGCUAUCAGAAUCUCAGACCCAUCGGUUCAGGUGCUCAAGGAAUAGUAUGUGCGGCCUGCGACACACAGUCCGGUCACAUGGUGGCCAUCAAGAAGCUGAGCCGGCCCUUCCAGAACGUCACACACGCUAAGCGUGCAUAUAGGGAAUUUGUGCUCAUGAAAUUGGUCAACCAUAAGAAUAUUAUAGGUUUAUUAAAUGCUUUCACACCACAGAAAUCUUUAGAAGAAUUUCAAGAUGUGUAUCUAGUAAUGGAGCUGAUGGAUGCCAAUCUAUGCCAGGUGAUACAGAUGGACCUAGACCAUGAACGCAUGUCUUACCUUCUAUAUCAAAUGUUGUGUGGCAUCAAACAUCUUCAUCUCGCCGGGAUUAUACACAGGGACCUAAAACCCAGCAAUAUAGUGGUGAAAUCAGAUUGUACGUUAAAGAUAUUGGACUUUGGUCUUGCAAGGACAGCCGGCACCGGGUUCAUGAUGACUCCAUAUGUAGUGACACGGUACUACCGGGCACCAGAGGUCAUCCUGGGCAUGGGAUACAAGGCAAAUGUGGACAUCUGGUCAGUGGGCUGCAUCAUGGCCGAGUUAAUACGAGGGACAGUGAUGUUUCCUGGCAGUGACCACAUUGAUCAGUGGAACAAAAUCAUUGAACAGCUGGGUACUCCAAGUCAAGACUUCAUGAACAGAUUACAAUCAACAGUGCGGAACUAUGUGGAAAACCGCCCCCGGCACGCCGGCUCAUCCUUCGAGAGACUGUUCCCUGAUGUACUGUUCCCGCCGGACAGUACCGAACACCCUGGUCUCCGUGCAAGCAUGGCACGGGACCUUCUGUCCAAAAUGCUGGUCAUUGACCCCGAGAGAAGGAUAUCAGUGGACGACGCACUCAUGCAUCCGUACAUUAAUGUGUGGUACGACGAUGGAGAAGUCAAUGCUCCUGCCCCUGAUCCCUACGACCACUCGGUAGAUGAGAAGGAACAUUCGGUCGAAGAGUGGAAAGUUCGUUUAUUUUCAGGUCUGAUAUACAAUGAAGUAAUGGAAUAUGAGAAUAGAGAACGACAGAGAGCUAUGCAAAACCAUACAAGUAAAGCACAAGAUGGUGUGCCAAGCAACGACACUGCCCCAAAUGCUGGUGUAGCUGCCAGUGGUUCUGCUACAGUAUGUACCCGCACAUAAGCCCGCCCACGUGUAUGCCCACCCCCAUUUUCAUCCUCAUCCUCUCUUCAAUACUAUAUGCCUCACUUACAGGUCAAGGUCACUAAUCCAAACUAGAGUUCCUGACAUCAGAUACUGUACUGAUGCUGCAGACACAAAUACCUGUUCUGAGCACGGUGAUGAGGAAAAUGAAGGUUUGUGUCCAUCAGUGUUUGUAGAACUGAACGUUUCCAAUGAUACCAGUUUAUUCACAUUUCAUUUCGGUUCAAAGAAAAUUACAAAAAUGUUAUCACUGUCUGCAAGCUCAGCAGCUAGACAGAUGGAGUUAAAUUUAUUUCGGUCUAAAAGGUUCUAGGGUCAUGUUACAAUCAACUGAAAAGUAUGCUUCAGGACAAAUCAGCUGUAUUGGUUAGUUGAGUCAGAUUGCUUUCAGAAUGAUAUAUUGUCUAAUCUUCAAGUAUUUCCUUGAACCAGCCUCAGUGCAGGUAUUUUGUAAACUGUGAACAAUGUAAGCUCUCUGUUUGGCUGAAAGCCUUGACCUGUUAUGUGGGGUAGUCAAAACCAUCUCCAUUAUAUUGUCCUUCUGACCAUGGGUCAGUUGUCCAGCUGUUGGUCCGUCACUGGAUGUAGUCGGCGGCCGCCAGUCGGACGGAGGAGUUGGUAGGGGGCCUGGAGUGUCAUGUACAUAGUCCCUUGUAUUAUAUAUAGAGGCAUAAUUUAUUGGUGGCGAGUGUACGUGGGACACCACCACUACGUCCUGUGUAGAUAGAUGUACCAUACGCCUUUCACCUCCAAACACAUCGCAAAUUGCUAUUCUCGGAACUCGCAGCCUGCCUACCAGUCUGACGUCUGCUCCUCACACCAACCAAAGGUCAUCUUGAAGCAGACGGACACAGCCACCACAAUGUCCUCCAACAGUCCAGCCAUGGCACCUCUAGAUUGUCCAAGUCUUGAUAUUGUCUGCUACUUCAAAGCUGAUUUUAUGUUGGCAUAUACUGCAUUUUUGUUUAACAAUAUGAAAACAAUAUCUUGUAGCUUGUAAGUGACCCUGGGUUUAAUGCAUUGUUACUUUAGCAAUGAGGUAGCAUCUGUCAUGAAUCCAGGUUGUUAAAGAAACAAUUUGUCAACAGAACCAGAUCAAACAGAACCCGAUCAGACUCUUUAGUGAAAAGUUCUAUCUCUUUGUAUCAUUACUAAAAUGUUUUAAAAAGAUUUAUUGCAAAGAAACAUUGCGAAAAUGUAGGUAGAUAACGUAGGUAGAUAUAUAUGUUGAAGAUUAUCUCCCUAUAUCAAAUAAUUAUCAUUCAGAUUUAAGAAUGUUCAAAUCUUAACAAGAACUUUUGUUUGCUGAAAUUCUGUGUCGAGGUUCAUCUACAAAGAUGUUUGGUUCUAGAGUAGGGACUGUAUCUGUCAUCAUGGAUUCAUCUAUUGAAGGUUCUGGCCUCGAGUACGUCUAUCAUCACGUAGUUCAGUACUACAGAUUUCACCGUCAUCUUACCUGGUACUGAGAACCAGGAGCCCGUCCACAAAGAAAUCAUAGCUCUAAGCGAUUGUAACUCCAUGCUCUAACACAGACUUGUGACAGUCGUAGCACUAAGAUCUCUUUGUGGAACUGGGCCCUAUUUGAUACUUGGUCAUCAUGUUCAUGUUUUAAGCUUGCUGUUACCAUGGUUACCCAGACAGUUAUGGGGUUUGUCUUCGGUAGGAUUCCAAUGCCUCAGAUUUGAUUUCUUAUGAAGUGUAGAUGUUGUCCCACUCAAGCUCAUCCUGAGAACUACUUUUGUUUCAACUUGCAGUAGAAUGUUUAGUCUCCUUGUAACAGUAGCUCAUUCAAAUGGGGUAUUUUCAUAUAGGUUUGUACAAUGCAACUUGACAGAGUACUGAAGCACGUAUUUUGUAUUUCUGUUGUGAAUAAAGACAACUUGUUCCUUAUGCAUUACAUGCGAACAGGAAUAUUUCUAUGUAUAAAAUCUGACAUCACCAUAGCUCCAUAUACUGUCUCAGUGAUAAAUUCCACCAAAACCUAAAAACAUGUGGUGACACACCGGUAGGCAGAUUCUAAUUUCAAAAUGGCUGCCCCACCUCAAUUCAAAAUGGCUGCCAAAUCUCAAAUUCAAAAUGGCCACUUCUGAAAAACUAGAUAUCUCUGUGUAGUUUGUGUUCAGUUCCCAAUGUCUCAGAGGAUGUUCAUAAUGAAAUUGAGAUUAAAACUGAUAUCCAUUUGUAUCGGUCCAUUUCUCUCAGGGUUAGUAAGUCUACCCUUAGAGAGAUGAAUGUAUAUAUAUAUAGUGGUUUGAUAGGAGGAAUACCACGGUGGGGUGCCUAACUGCUAUGGUAUGCUGUGGUGAUAUGUUAAACUUGCCGGCAGUUAUAAAUGUUCUCCCUCACCAAAACACAAUAAUGAGUAUCGUGUGUAGUGAUGCUGCUCAUGUCAGCAUCCCUGCAAGUGCGUGUUGGAUGUAGGGGCUCACAUGCUGGGAGUCGUUGAGCAUGAUCUAGUAACAUAUUGAUAAUGCAUUCCAUUAAAUCUCAAACAUGUUUUGAGAUGUCAGUAUUACAAGCAUUGACGAUAUAAGAAUAUGUUUGAAGUAAUGAUGACAAAAUAGCUAAGAAAGUGUUUUGCUGUGAAGUUUCUCUUCUAUCAAAGGGAGGCAAUUCUGCAAGAAACAACCUUAUCUCUUAAAGCGCUCGGUUCAAAAUUAAAAUAAUGAGGUAUCUACUCUACAGUGGGACUACAUCAAAUUUUAAAAAAACAGUAGGUUUAUCUCCUCAUUCUGUAUUUAUAUUUGGUUUUCUUUAAAAUGAAAAGAUUUAAGAUAACUGGUAGCAGUCACAAAUAUUGUUACUGUCAGUGUUUCAAAAACUCUUCUUUGACUGUUCUAGGGAGAUCUUUUCAUCAAAACAGGUAACUUUUUCUGAAAAUUUACCAUUUUGCUAUUAAUGAAACAAUUCAUCACCUGAUUAAUUUUCAGAUGAGUUUCAAAAACUGUUCAACAUCUCAGAACCACAUGAGCUUGAAUUGCCUCCUAUAUAUUUAGAUGUGCAUUAGUUGAACUGCGAUGACAAGUUUGUUAGCUAUAGCAUCGUGAUCUCUGUGUUGGUGUAGUGCCGCGGUGCAUACACAAGCGGUUUUUGUGCAAUUGGGAAGGUUAUGCUGGGGUGUUAAGCGUUCUGAAGGAUGUUGCAGAUUGUAUAUAAAUACACCCCUUCGUCAUGUAUAGACCAGUGUAUAUUGUUUGUUCAUUGUGUUGUCGGUUGUGUUCUGGGCCUGCUGGGAAAGAUUGUCAAAUUCACUUCUCGUAACGGGUAUUUUUUGCCAGGCCUGUAUCCAAGGGUCUCAAUAUGAGGGGCUUUAUAUUCAAAACAGUCCAUUUUGUCUAGUCAGCAGAACUUAAAGUCAAUCAACUAUUUUUUCAGAACUAAGUAAUAAUUUUACAUGCAUACUGUUUAUAAUGAAAGAAGCCUGUAUGGGAUAUUUCUUGUAAAAUUCCAUGAUUCUGUGUAUGAUUUAAGGAUUAAUUUUAUUUAGCAUAAUACAGUCCAAACAAUUUUUUUUCUUCUUUCAAUUCUUGCAUUGAAACUGGUAUAAACUUCACUCGAUUGGAACUAUUAAAAACUUAGGUGAAUUUUUCUAUCUUUUUUCAGUAUUUUGUUUUAAUUUGAGUUCCAUAACAUGUAAAACAUUAAUGGGCACUGUUGAGGUGUAAUUCAUGUGUAUAUUGGAUGAAAUGCAGUGAAAUGGUCCUUUAUGUAUCAUUGUUUAAUCAGCAUGAAAUUAUGCAAAUUUCUGUGUUUGGUCGAAAGACUACCAGUUUUGUGUCAUUAUAUUGUACCCCUUUGAAGCUGUAUAGCUAAUAUGUAUGUGCAGCAUUUCUUGUUAGCCUCUAAAACAGCGCAGAUUGUGUUUUAUUGAGAAGUUUACACUGACAUUUUAUGCUUUUGUUUUGUUGAGACUUUACAUAAAAAAAUGUUUUAUGAACCGAAAUAUUUGCAUGUACAAAAUUUUAUGAUUCUUUGGAAUAUUUUAUGGUAAUAGACAUGUCGUCUUUGAACACAAUUGAGUUUUCUGUAAACCACAUAUAUGAAUUUUUAGAAAUAUUUGGUAUACAAAAAUUAGAAUAUUGUCACUGAACGAGGUCUUUGUUUUUCUUGAACAUCUACAUAUCUUCAGUUUCAUAACAACUUUUUAUGAUACAAACGUGUAAUAAAACUUCAGGAUUACAUUUCUUCCCAUGAACAUAGGAACAUCUGUUGAUGGAAAAACUUAAAAAAAAGGUUAAUCCUAGAGGUAAAAACUGUAUUAUUUAGGAAUAAAAUAGUCUUAGACUGCCAGGUACUCAUGGUUUAGGCUAAAAAAAUAAUGGUCUUGGUUCUCGGGCACCGCACGCGUCAUCAUAAAGUCUGACACAGGUUUCCAUUUUUUAAUUUUUUUUUAAAGUCCUAAAAAAUGUGUUUCAUACACAGGGAUUAAGAUUACAUUUGAAUUUGUCCUAUGAAAUAAGCCAGAAAUAGCAAUCAGCAGUUCACACACUUUCUCCUCUAUCCAUGGGUGAUUUAGUUCAGAAAAUACUUAAUGUCGUGGCCAAUAUCAUAACUGAAAAGAUAUAUCAACACAGGACAAACUACGGAUUUUUUCCAGUAUUUUACUCAUCAAGGAAUACAUUUAUGUAGGGAGGCCCUUUCCCAGGUUGAUUGUACACUGUUUUUUGGGUUACAUACAUACAACGCCCAGCCACACUAUAUUUUAAAAGCCGUUGCCUGAGAACCAAUUCUUUUAUGUUUUUAAACCUUACAUGAUUCGAUGAAAAGACAUAUAUUUAUGUUCGUAUUAUGAGGAUAAUUAUGAUGUCACCAUGAUCUUUGAGAGCAGGUCACAUAAGUCUGGACCCAACCAACAGUUUAUUUACAGGAAUAGCUGCAUGAAGAACAUUUAAUACUUGUACUUGAUCCAAACAAAUAAAAAGAAGUUAGAGAUAUAAAACUGUUAAAGAUAUCAUCCAUGUAAGGCUUUUAUUUUAAAUUUGUUGGUUUUCUGAUAUAUUUUUCUCAAAACAAUGUGUUUGUGGUUGAAAUAAAACUUAAGAAAAUAUAUAUUAAAAAAUAAGAAAAGGCCAUUCCAAAAAUGUAAAAAAAUUAAAUUGGAUGAAAUUUCCCUAUUCUAAAUUUUCUCAGUUUCAUUUGGCAUUUUUGUUAAGAGUGAGGGGCGGUCGGGUAGCCAAGGGGUUAAAGCGUUUGCUCGUCAUGCAGAAGACACGGGUUCGAUUCCUGACAUGGAUACAAUGUGUGAAGCCCAUUUCCGGUGUCCGCCGCUGUGAUAUCACUGGAAUAUUGCUAAAUGCAGUGUAAAACCAUACCCACUCACUCACUCAUUGUAAAGGGUGACAUGAAUAUUGAAAUUUUUAUAUGUAAGAAAGCCACACAUCACUUUUGGGUGUCUUUUAGGGUUUCAGGUUUUGCCUUGAGCAGAAAAACCAUAAGUAAUUAUUUAUAUUUUGUAAGUUUGAGUAUUUGGCUCAGCAGUAUUUAUUUUUUAUCCACAUUCCUAAAUUUAAGGGUUAGCAGAUUGGUAAACCAAAUUAAAAAAAUGAAAUUGGAGAGUAUCGGUGAGCCUGCCAGGUGUGAGGAAAGCUAGGGACAUUAUUGUGUCUGUUUCUUCUGUCGUAUCGGUGACUGUUACAUUGUUUCACAAGCAGGGAUGGUAUAAGAAUCACAGCAAUAACUUAUCCCCUGAAAUUGCCGCAGUGGCAGCUUGUCUCCACCAUGUUGGCCGGUGACACUGUUAGCUGUCACGACAUUCGUGUUUGGCUAGAAAAUGUCAAGGUCAAGUAAUUUUUCCCAAGUUUGAACUGCUUUUCAUCAUGGAAAUUAUUAUUCCUAUUUCCGUUUCAAGAAUGGUUAUUCUUGUAGUUCCCACCAAAAUUAAAACAAUAGAUGGUGAUUCUAAUCGUAAUUUUGUUAUUCUUACAUACAACAAUUUUUUUCUAGCUUUAUAAGAUUUCUUGGUCAGUGUGCCAAGUGUCUGGAAGCAAAAUUUGAUAAAAAGAAUGUUAUGGUUGAGUUGAUGUUAGUGACGGUAUAGUAGAGGUCACUAUGGGAAGGAAAGAUUUUUUAAAUAAAAUACAAGAAGAUGCUGAAAGAAAGAGUUAUCUAUAAGAGAAAGAAUUAUAUAUGUAGAGAGAGAACAAGGAUUUAAUUUUACUUUUUCGAAAAUUGGGUUGUCGCAUUGAUAAAUAAAAUGCAGCUAUAAACAAUUAGACAGUUGCUAUGGCCUGAUAUUAUUAUAACAAACCAGCUGUUGAUAUCCAAACACUGGAACAUUGGGGACCUUGGAGUUGGUAUCUAGAAUACAGCAUAGCAGAAAUGUGGAAACGUGAAUGGUGCUUUCAACGAGCUACAUUUUUCAAGAUAUGUCCAAACUACAGGGGCAGUCAGGUAGCCUUGUGGUUAAAGCUUUCACUCGUCAUGCCAAAGACCCAGGUUCGAUUCCCGACAUGGGUACAAUGUGUGAAGCCAAUUUCAGGUGUCCCCUGCAUUGAUAUUGCUGGAAUAUUGCUAAAAGCGGCGUAAAACCAAACUCACUCACUCGCCCAAAUUACAGCAACUAAAAGCAGUACGUCAUCCAGAAACCACAAGGGUGAAAGGUUCGCUGUGGAACUGUGCACAUUGGAAGUAACACUGUGGAUAAACAGAACCUCUCUUAGUAGUGUUUGGAUUCAAUAACUAAUUUUUUGCAUUGUUUUUUAUUUUUAUCAAACAAAAAGAUGCUCCUCUAAAUUGUAAGCGCACUUCAGAAUAUAAGUCUCACCUUUUGGCAGGGAAAUAGAGAUAUCGCAGCUCUUUAGAUGCAGAGAUAUAUUAAGCUUUUCACAAAUAACUGAAAGUAAUCAGUUGGGUGUAUGAUGGAAAGAUACAUCAUCAAUACUUCACUGGGGUGGAAGCGCCACUUUCUCCUUUACCCUUGAAUAUGUAUGGCCACUUUGGGGUGGAAAGUUAGUUGGCUUAGGAAGUAAGGCUGUGCAUGAACUGUGUGUGCACACUACCUACCUGAUAUUGAAGCAAUGUGUAGACUAGAUGACCGCAAGGCCAUGGCACAUUGGCAUGAGAAAUAUUGCGUUUGUGGGACGUAAUCUGAGCACUUGCUAGUUUCCCUUGCUUGAGUGAGUGAGUGAGUAUGGUUUUACGCUGUAUUUAGCAAUAUUCCAGCAAUGUCACGGCGGGACAAGGCCAUGGGUUGAUUCAUUGGUUCAACUAGUGACUACACUGCAAAUAUUCACCGGUGAUGGAGAAAUGGAGUGUGCGCAAAACUAGCGGAGUUGUGACGAUGAGAUGUCCCUACCAAAAGUUGAGUCGUAUUUACAUGUAUUCAUUUUAUAAGUGCAUGAUUUUGUAACUAAGUUCCAUCUAGUCAACAGGUGUACAGGACUCUUUGCAAUGGCAUAAACCAAGUUUUAGACUAGAUUGCGUUUAAAUCUAUGCAAUUUUAAGUCGAGUUCAAGAUGUCUGUCAGCUUCAUCAACCACCCUAUGCGUUGGGUUAGUUUCAUCUUUUUUAAUAAUUCUCUUUUUUUGUUUUCUAUGCUUUGCUUAGGUAUGGCAGUGAUAAGUUUGCAUUUGAUCAGUUAAAUAUUGUUGGUUCUCGAGUACUUGCAUGUUAGCAGGAACAUCUUCAUUAAGCAUUAUAUUCUAGCUUUGAAAACAACCACCAUUGAUGCCCGAGAAACACGCUUUACCCUAAAAGAGCAGCCCACUGCACAAUGCAUUAAGUCGUUCCCGAGAACCAGAUUUUGUUUAAGUCUUACAAGCUUUCUUCCUCUUGGAACACAUUUUCCAUCUUUGAAAUGAAAAAAAAAAUAGACACUGAUCAUAAGCAGCUAGAUUUUAUUUAUAUCUUUGUGAUGGAAAAAUCCAUGCUUUUUCAUGUUGUCAUUAUUAGGGAAAGAAGACUCGAAUAUGAGCUCUAACUCUUUGUAGCAGUUCCACUUGAGUCAGUCUUUUAGCAGACAUGGUUUCUUGUAUUGAGUAUAGAUCUCUAGGUAGAAACUGCAAGAAAUGGUAAGAAGAUUUGCAUGUUUCCCCCAUGCGAAAAUGUCACCCAUCAAUUGCUUCUUAAGUUUGAGUGGUGUGGUAAUGCGAUAACUUAUCAGCAGAAUGUUUUGUUAGGGGAUGUUAAAGGGAAGACAUGAAUCUCAGGCCACAGAAUAUUAAUCUAAUCAUAUUUAUCAAUAGUUGGGUAUGUAUUGCUUUGCAGUGCAGCUCUAAAUAGGGAUAUGUAUUGUUAAAUCCUGGUGAAACAUGGAUAACGGUUGUACCACAGAAACUUGCAAUGUAGGUAGAUUAUAUUCCUCACGACAAUAAUUUAAUGACAAUGUGUAAGGUUUAGUUUAGCUUAUACCUUUCCAUUUCAUAUAGGAAGGCUAUGUUAAAUAAGAUCAGAUGUUGCUGUUAAGGGGAGAGAACUACAGUGAAUGUGACAGUGUGCUGCCCACUCAUUAAUAAUAAAAACUGACAGUACGACAGUACUGUUCAGUAGUUGUUCCUAACAAUGCACACCAGUUGAUAAGGAAAUGAGUUAUUUUGUUCCUGUUGAAAAAAUGUGUCAACUUUCUGUCUGAAGGAAGUAGCUACAAGAUAUUGCGAUUACAUCGUCACAUGAUGAGAUAUUGUAGUUUUGGGUAAUGAAAUUGACCCCAGUCUCUGUGAAGUUUUCUUGUGUUGUGACAAUGUGUCCGUUUCUCCUCUCGUCAGUGACACAUCACCAGUCUAUCUAUAUUUGUAGAUAUUGAUACGGUCGGUGUGACGGUUCUGUACCCCUUGUUUUCCCUUAUGGCUGUGACAGCCAUAGCUGUACAAAUCUCAUAGCAUUGCUACAAUAAAACAUCAAUAGAAUAAACACCA